GCAAACACAUGCUCAUCAGAAAUGUCGGCUUUGUGAAGAAGAAGAAGAAGUUGCUGAAGAAUUAUUUGGUUGGAAGUUGAAACCACCCCAGAUGGAACUAAUGGAGUCACAAAGAAAUGCUGCAAACCAACAAAGCACCAUUAGUGCCUCCAAAGAUCACCAUGGCCAAAAACAAGAAUCAGUAGCAGCUUCACUGCAAUUAGUCCCUCUUGAAAGUCAAUCAUCACUUCAACAACAACAACAACAACACGGGUCUACUACUGCUACUACACCAACUAGUCAGGGCCCAUUCAUGGGCUCCAUAUCCAGCCAAAUUGGAAUCCAUCCUUCCACUUCAACUUCCAACUCUGCUGUCUCAAAGUCCGUCACAAAAAGGCCCUCAAAAGAUCGGCAUACCAAGGUAGACGGUCGCGGCCGACGCAUCCGGAUGCCAGCCUUGUGUGCUGCACGGGUGUUUCAGCUCACAAGAGAAUUAGGCCAUAAAUCUGAUGGAGAAACCAUUGAGUGGUUACUACAGCAAGCUGAACCUGCCAUAAUAGCUACUACUGGUACUGGUACAAUUCCUGCCAAUUUCUCAACUUUGAAUGUUUCAUUACGGAGCAGUGGCGCUACUAUUUCAGCUCCUGCAUCAAAAUCAGCUCCUCUUUCUUUUCAUAGUGGAUUAGCUUUCUAUGAUGCUAAUAAUGCCAACGAUACUCGAAGAGCUAUGGCUUCUAACCCUCAAAUGUUAGGAUUCCACCAUCAGUUGUAUCCUCAAAAUCUUGUUUCUGAUGAUAAUUACAUGAGGAAGACUUUUCGAGAAGAUCUUUUUAAGGAAACCACACAGCAACAAAACACGGAAACAAUUGAAGCUAGUAAUUCUGCUAAAUCGAGAACUGGAGUUCAAGAUCAAGAAACAGCUGGUUCUAUUAGGCCAGCAACAAACAUGCUGCCAACUCCAAUGUGGGCAGUUGCGCCGGCCACUACCACCAAUGGUGGAAAUACAUUCUGGAUGUUACCGGUAGGAGGUGGUGCGAACACAACAGCUGCAGUUCCAGAACCCCAGAUGUGGACCUUUCCUGCGGCAGCAGCAGGAAUGACAUCAAUGCAAAGAGUGAAUUUUGGUGGCGGUGGCCGCGUUUCAAGUCCGGUUCAACUUGGGUCCAUGAUAGUGCAGCAGCAAGCGGGAGCUAAUCAGCAACUUGGAUUAGGUGUAUCAGAUAGUAACAUGGGGAUGAUAUUGGGCGGUUUGAAUGCUUAUAGCAGUAGUAGGGUUGGCUUGGGCAUGAACUUAGAGCAACAUAAUCAAGACAAUCAGCCACAAGGCAGUGACAAAGUUUCAAGUUUGAAUCAAGAACUGAACUUGGCUCCCAAAGGGCCUGAAGGUCUCAUUUCCCUACCAAGAUCUGCCCAAAGUUUUCGAGUUUUCGUGUUCUUUCGUAAAAGAGAGAUUUUGGUGGGUGAAAGUGUAUCCGACGAUGAGACCCGGAUGGCGGUGUCAUAUGUUUAG